AAAAAAAAAAAAAAAAAAUUUAGCAAACGGUCUUCUGGAUCAACGCUCUUCUUCUAUGAUCUUCAUGGUAACGGCGGAAAAGGGCAAGUUAUGGCUGAUGCAAGAAGAUCUGAUUUGGAUGAAGCUGAAUUUUCUAAGUACCGUUCUGGUGUGAAACGUGGAGAUAUAGUUGGUAUUGUUGGUUUUUCAGGAAAAAGCAACAGGGGAGAGCUGAGUGUUUUCCCAAAAACAUUCAAGGUGUUAACUCAUUGUCUUCAUAUGGUGCCAAAGCCAAACGCCAAUGUGAAGAAAAUCGAUGCUUGGACUCCAGGAAGUGGCAGAAAUCCUGAUGCAUCAUGCAUAUGUAUUAAAAGAUCAGGAAACACGAUACCGUAAACGUUUUAUGGAUCUGAUGUUAAAUUCAGAAGUGACACGUAUAUUCCAGACGCGUGGAAAAAUCGCAUCUUACAUCACACGUUUUCUUGAGAAUCUUGAUUUCCAGGAGGUUGAAACUCCCAUGAUGAACAUGAUUGCGGGUGGGGCAGCCGCCCGCCCGUUUGUGACCCAUCACAAUGAUUUGAAUAUGAGGCUGUUUAUGCGAAUUGCCCCUGAACUUCAUCUGAAGCAGCUUGUUGUUGGUGGAAUGGAGCGUGUUUUUGAGAUUGGAAAACAGUUUAGGAAUGAAGGGAUUGAUUUGACACAUAAUCCUGAAUUUACUACUUGUGAAUUUUAUAUGGCUUAUGCUGACUAUUAUGACUUGAUGGAGAUAACUCAAGAAUUGUUAAGUGGCAUGGUGAAGGAGCUAACAGGUAGCUACAAAAUUAAAUAUCAUGCCAAUGGGUUGGACAAUGAUCCCAUUGAAAUCGACUUUACCCCUCCUUUCAGGAAGGCCAUCAUCUAAUGUGAUUUUCCUAAUGAUGCGACAUCGACCUCCGACAAGUCUUCUGGUCUUCUGCUGCGGCGGAGAUCUGAGAUAUCACAGUGCAAACCCGUUAGAGCCGUCCCAGGGACUGUGCCCCGGGAGCGGACUCCGACGGUCAAGUUAGAUCGGCUAGAAGAUCUGAGAUGGCCCUCCAUAGCUGGAGUGCUAGUUGUGGUGUAUGGUGGCUGACGGCGGCGGGUGGCGGCUGAGCCACCCGGCCGGAGUAUAGGGCGGCGGCUGAGCCAAGGGGGAAGUCUAGUGGUGGCUGAACCACUUGGGAGAGGGUCUAGGAGAGGAGGAGGUACUAUUCAUUAUAUAGGGGGUAAUUAGGUCAAGGGGAAUUAGGUCAGGCCUUGGGCCAGCCCAAUUCAGGCCCAACUAGCAAGGAGCUAGGCAAGGCCGCCCGGAGGCGCCGGACGGGGCUGGCGCGCGUGCACCAAGAAAGGAUGGUAAGGGAGUGUCAGGCGAGGGAGCGCCUGGCCAGGCCGGCAGGAGAGUCCCCAGCAGGGCUGGCUAGGGAGUCCCCAGCAGGGCUCGCAAGGGAACGCCAGGUAGGGCUGGCAGGAGCGCGCCAGGCCAGGCUGGCGCGCUAGAGCAGUCUAGGCCAUGCCAAUGGACCAUAUCUCAUCAAGUCCCCCCAGUCUCAUGUUAUUGGUACGUGGCCAAUGACAUUGGACUGGACUAAGUCGUAUAAACCAACAGGAGAGUCCCCAGUGAGGCUAGCAAGGGAGUCCCCGGCAAGGUUGGCAGGAGCGCGCCAGGCCAGGCUGGCGCGCUAGAGCAGUCUGGGCCAUGCUAAUGGACCAUAUAUCAUCAAGUCCCCCCAGUCUGAUGUUAUUGGUACACGACAAUGACAUCGGACUGGAACUAGUCAUAUAAACUGUGCGUCGUCAAGUCCCCCUAGUCUGACGCGAUUGGGUUGCUGACAAUCGGAUCGGACUAGAUAAAGCACCAAUACAAUAAAUAAUAAAGAGAAAUGACUGAACCUCGCCCACGAGAGCCGUGGGGUUGUGCGAUGAGCCAAGUACUGCUUGAGCUGACUUGAUACUCCUUUCUUGAGAGGAGCGCGAGCCAGUUGGUGCGACGCAACGUAACUGUUGCUGCGAUAAUGCAGACCGAGGCUGCUAAAGAGUGUUACGCGACACUGAUGUCGAUAAAAUGUCGGGUCGGGGUAGCUAAGAAGCGUAAGCUUGCCAUUCAGUCCCUGAGACGGUUAUCCGACAUGAUUGUUGUGGUAGCCAUGCGAGAUGGGAUGUCACCAGUAACCAUCUACAUAGUCUGCAUUAAUAACCGUCUCGAGGAUCUUUCUUGCUUGGGCUACACCUAGCUGGAUUCCCCCCAGUCUGAUGUGGGUAGCGUAGGUAGCCGUGUCAGACUAUGUUGUCAAACCAAUAAUCCAUAAGGUUGUUGACCAUAAUAUAAGUGGCAGAUAUUCCGAGAGUUGUGCGAUUAGGUUGCUAGCGAGGGUCACACAGUGAGACUAUUGCCGAUAGCCAGAAAAUAGAAUUGUUGAGGGAUAGGCAGUGAGGCUAUAGGUUGGGGUUGCUUAGCAAGACCGUUUCCGAGAGCCAGGAAACAGAGAUGCUGUGGGGUCGUAGGUAGCAGGGCCACUGUCGGGAUGACCUUCUUGCUGGAGAGUAACCUCACUAUAACAGGUUGUAAUGUGGAUAACACUUCAUCGAUCGUCCGAGCACAAGAGAACCAUGAUGACUGUGAGAGAGGAGGCACCAAGAUCAUGGUGUGGAAUAAGCUUGUGAUGCGCAACUUAUGGUGCGCGACAAUGCGCGACUUAUGUUGUGCGACUUAGGAGAGUGGCUUGGGCUUAGCAGCCAAUGAUCAUGGAGAUGUUACGUGGGAGAACAUCGUGCGGAAUGGAUCGGACUUGGCUGCUAGCGAUCGUAGAUAAGUCACGCGGAAGAGCGUCGCGUGGAAUGGUCGAAGCAUGUUGCUAUAAAGGAGUCGGGCUGAGAAACCAGGCGACUCGAGGCAAAGGUACUGAACCUCGCAUGCGGAGCUUGCCGCUAUAAUGGAGUCGGGCUGGGAAGCCAGGCGACUCUAGGCGACUCCAGGCGAGGGUACUGAACCUCGCACGCGGAGCUUGCCGCUAUAAUGGAGUCGGGCUGAGAAGCCAGGCGACUCCAGGCGAGGGUACUGAACCUCGCACGCGGAGCUUGCCGCUAUAAUGGAGUCGGGCUGAGAAGCCAGGCGACUCCAGACGAGGGUACUGAACCUCGGACGCAAAGCUUGCCGCUAUAAUGGAGUCGGGCUAAGAAGCCAGGCGACUCUAGGCGAGGGUACUGAACCUCGCACGCGGAGCUUGCCGCUAUAAUGGAGUCGGGCUGAGAAGCCAGGCGACUCCAGGCGAGGGUACUGAACCUCGCACGCGGAGUUUGCCGCUAUAAUGGAGUCGGGCUGAGAAGCCAGGCGGCUCCAGGCGAGGGUACUGAACCUCGCACGCGGAGCUUGCCGCUAUAAUGGAGUCGGGCUGAGAAGCCAUGCGACUCCAGGCGAGGGUACUGAACCUCACAUGAUUGGGCGUAGCGCCCUACAAUCUAUGUAUCUAGCUCGUGUGAUCAGUCUGAGUUAAAGCGGAAUGGUACCUGAUGCUUUGCUGCAUCGCUAGUCGUACGAAUAAUUGAUGCCUCGGUGCCUUGGCUGUUUGCAGAGAGCUAUGUGGCGGUGCUACUUAGAGCUUGAUAGUGUAGCUGCUGUUAGGAGGUGCUUAGCGAAACUGCUGUCAGGAACUGGUCAGCAGGGCCGCUGAGAACUGAGCAUCGAGCUGCUAGCGAUAAAUGAGAAGCACGACCACUGAGGGCUGGGCAACGAGACUGCCGAGAGCUGGACCACGAGGCUACUCUUUCAAUCCGGAAUACCAAUGUCACCUCGGGGAUACACCAUCAUUCAUGGUGUCAGCUCUUUGACUCUUCCCCUUGGGAAUAAAAACUACUUCUAAAUAGUGUCGUACCAACACUAUUCCCCCCCCCCCCUCAUUUCUCUUUUUUUUUGAGGAGGCGAAGAAAGGGAACGACGGAUGUAUAGUCGUUGAAAGGCGAGAUACAUAGCUGCUGGAGAGAGCUAGGCAACCCAAGCACUAACAAAACUGGGUAGCACGGCUGGCGAGAGCUAAGCAGCGCGACUGCUAGGAGUCAGACAAAGUAGCUGCUGAUGGUUGGGCUUUGCAGCUGCUGAGCUAGGUCGUGUCGCUGCUGAAGGUCGAGUUGUGCGACUACUAAGAGCUGGGCGGUAAGACUAGCGGGGGUCGGUCAACAUGAAUGUGAGAGUUGAUUAGCGAGACUUCCCGGGAUUGAUCAACACGGCUGCUAAUGACCGCGCAACGCAGUUACUGAUGGCUAUUUCGGAAUGCUUCACGAGUAGUAGUAGUAAUGUACUACUCUUCUCCCUCCCUUUUUUUUUUGAAAAUGGUGAGUGAUCUAGGUUGUAACGUAUCUUCUUAUGUCGGAUUUUGUUGGGCGGGAUCUCAACAAGCGGGUACUGGGGUUGAUCAUUAAAAUUUAUCUUGCAAAAAAUAUUCAUUUUAGUUGUUGGGCUAGCUCAUUGAAAAAUGAUUUUAGGGAGACCCAACAAGCUUCCUGGAGCCCAAAAUAAUAUUUCAGUCCUUAGGCCCAAAUCUCUUUUUUUUGUUGUGGGGGCUGAUUUGGUUUUGGUUAUUUAAAACAAAUGAAGGGCUGGUUUGAUUUAAAAUAUGUAAAUAAGGGCUGAUUGGGUAACAUUGUACAAACAAUAUGGCUGUUGUUGGUUAAAAUUUACAAAUGGGAUCGAUUUGUAAUCACUUAUACAAUUGAGGGGUUGAUUUUGGUAAGUGAUUCAAAUAAAGGAGUUUGGGGCUUUUUAUGCCCUCGUCUGAUCGAUUGAACGGAAAGAAACACAAACGAAGCGAGAAAAUCAGGAGGCAGAAAUCAAAAGGGGUCCGAUCUCUGGCGAUGGCUCUAUGAAGGAAGAUCGGAGGGAAGGGGUUGCAGCGGUGAUGGCGACCGGUGCUGAUUCGUCCGAUGGGUUUGGAGUUCACCACGAUGGGAGUACAGUAGCCGGCGACUGGGAUUAGCGGGUGGUCCGGUGGAAACGUGAAACGCCUGUGAGAGCCGAUGGCGGUCACGGAUAUGACUCGUCGACGAACGAGUCCGUUGCGCCGCCUGGAGGUUGGAGAUGAUGGGCCUUUUCUUGGGUCUCCGAAUGGUCUGAUGGUGGCGAUGGCUCUGUGAAGGAAGAUCGAAUGGAAGGGGUGGUCGAUUGGCGACGCAGCGUCCGAUCCAUAAGGCAGGGACCCCCAAGGCCUCAAUUGCUACCGGUGGUGGUCCCUUGUUGCGUUGCGGAUUGACAAUCACCACCUAAUGACGAAGCGGGAAAACGGAGGUUGCGAUUAAAGGGGACCGGUAGCCGUAGUCGUUGACUGGUGAAGUUGAGUUGGUGGGGUUGUUGGACUGGUGGUCUUGACCGGAAAAGACAGAAGUGUUGUAGGAGAUCGUCAACUGAAGAUUGUUUGGAAGAGAUGAACAAGGUGGGGCCACCUAUAUUUGACUUUAUUGUAUAUCCAUAAUUGGACCAAGCGGGUCCCACCCGAGAAUGCUUCUGUCCUUUGGUUCGUAGCGUGUACUGCGUACACCCAUUUCUCUCUUUUUUCUUCUUUCGUUGAUUACUCCAUAAAAUUGAUGGACCGGGUGGGUCCCAUGUGGAUGCGUUGGGGUGUUUUGUUUUUCUCUGAAUAUUGUGAACCAUUAUGGUUUUUGUCUUCUAAUGUGUACUGUAUAUACUAUCCCAUCCCUUUUUUUUUGUUUGUCAGCUUGAGAUGACAGCAAAUACGAUUUGUUGUAAUAUCUUGUAAACAUGAACUGUAAAGAUCUUUUCCCUUGUAUAGACACUUGAUUUUUGCGCAUCUUCUUUUCUAUUUUAUAUCACUCUUCUUACAGAAGUCACUUCUAUUUCCCCAUUUUUUUUAUAGUCAUUAUAAUUAAAAUGGUAAAACUAUGAGAGUAAAGGUAAUUUUACUAAUGUUUUGAAAUGCAUAAGGAUCCCAACACAACGUAAGUAAAUUUAUACACAAACUUGUGAAAUUUUUUUUAUGAUAUGUGUGCUGGAAGAUUGUAAAAUUUAUGAAAGCUCAAUUUCUCCUCAACUUUCUUAAUAAGUCAUCAAAAAGAAUGACAAAACUGACUUGGGAUAGAAAUGAUUUUACUGAUAGUUUUAGAAGGUAAAAAAUUAUAAAAACUUAUUUCUUCUUUCAAGCUUCUAAAUAACCUGAAAAUCAUACACCAAAUGGGAUUUUCAGAAAACCCAUGAGAAGCUCAUCUCUUCUUCUUCUUCUUUUUUCUUCAAACUUCUAAGGAGAAAACACCAAAGGAAUAACAAAAUAUUCUUUUCUUUUCAAACUUUGCUGAAAAACCUUAAGAUAUAAACAAAAACGGGAUUUAGCAAGGUUUUUUUUUUCCUUUUUGAAGGUUGUGUGAAAUGUACAAGCAUCAAAGCUUUGUUUACAAACAAAUUUUCAGAUGAUGAGACAGGUUCAAUCUAAAGAACGAUUUUCUUGUAAUGUGUGUGUUGAAAUGAAACAAAAAACUCAUAAAAAUUAUUUUCUUUCUCCUUUGCUGAUCAAACCACCAAGCUUAGAUGAAAACACAUCUGAUAAGGUCUUUGCAAACUUGGAGAAUGCUUGAAAGAGAAAAUGAUGCUAAGACAGAUCUGAAAAGAUCUUGGCAAGAACCAAAUGGAUCUUAAACAGAUCUUGGCAAAGGCCAAACGGAUCUGAUGAGGUUUUCUUCUCAUAAAACCUUCCCUACUCUUCAGCUUGCUCAACAAGUCUGAAAAUCUUUUGUUCCAUCUCUAAGCUUCUAGUGGAAGCACCAAAUAAACAACUUGAAUGAAGUUGUACAUGAGAAAUCAGAAACUACAACGGAUUUUCUUGAAAAUGAGCAAGCAAAAGAGAUAAAGACUUGUAAAAUAUUGUUUGUUCUUCAACUUGGUGAAUAAAGUUUGAAAAAUUGAACAAAGAUGGGGAAAAACUCAUAGAAAUCUCUUUUCUCCCCAACUUUCUGAAUAAUCCAACAAAGAUGGAUCUGAUAAAAUCUUUUAACUUGAGAAUUGCUCAAACAAACUAAAACAAGGCAUAUUUAGUUAUCUGAGCAAGAACAAGGUAGAUCUAACGAUCUGAGCAAAAACUCAACAGAUCUUAAAGAUCUGAGCAAAAACUAAACAGAUCUUAAAGAUCUUGGUGAAACCAAGUCGAUCUGAACAGAUCUUGGUAGAACCCAAAUGGAUCUGAACCAAAUGGGGGUAGAAAUGAACAGAUCUAAACAAAUCUUAGAUGAAAACACAUCAGAUCUGAACAAAUCUGGUCAAAAUCGAGCUUGAGGUCAACUGAGGCUUUUGCUACUUGCUCGAAUCCGAGAUGGCGCCAAAUGAUGCGACAUCGACCUCCGACGAGUCUUCUGCUGCGGCGGAGAUCUGAGAUAUCACAGUGCAAACCCGUUAGAGCCGUCCCAGGGACUGUGCCCCGGGAGCGGACUCCGACGGUCAAGUUAGAUCGGCUAGAAGAUCUGAGAUGGUCCUCCAUAGCUGGAGGGAACCAUCUUGGUGCUAGUGGUGGUGUAUGGUGGCUGACGGCGGCGGGUGGCGGCUGAGCCACCCGACCGGAGUAUAGGGCGGCGGCUGAGCCAAGGGGGAAGUCUAGUGGUGGCUGAACCACUUAGGAGAGGGUCUAGGAGAGGAGGAGGUACUAUUCAUUAUAUAGGGGGUAAUUAGGUCAAGGGGAAUUAGGUCAGGCCUUGGGCCAGCCUAAUUCAGGCCCAACUAGCAAGGAGCUGGGCAAGGCCGCCUGGAGGCGCCGGGCGGGGCUGGCGGGCGCGCACCAGGAAAGGAUGGCAAGGGAGUGCCAGGCGAGGGAGCGCCUGGCGGGGCCGGCAGGAGAGUCCCCAGCAGGGCUGGCUAGGGAGUCCCCAGCAGGGCUCGCAAGGGAACGCCAGGCAGGGCUGGCAGGAGCGUGCCAGGCCAGGCUGGCGCGCUAGAGCAGUCUAGGCCAUGCCAAUGGACCAUAUCUCAUCAAGUCCCCCCAGUCUGAUGUUAUUGGUACGUGACCAAUGACAUUGGACUGGACUAAGUCGUAUAAACCAACAGGAGAGUCCCCAGUGAGGCUAGCAAGGGAGUCCCCGGCAAGGUUGGCAGGAGCGCGCCAGGCCAGGCUGGCGCGCUAGAGCAGUCUGGGCCAUGCUAAUGGACCAUAUAUCAUCUAGAGGGUGAUGAAGCCAAUAAGUAUCUUGCUGAUGCAUGCACAAAAUUUGAAAUCAAAUGUCCCCCACCCCAAACAACCGCACGUCUGCUAAACAAACUGGUGGGACACUUUUUGGAGGAGACAUGUGUUAAUCCUUGUUUCAUAAUCGACCAUCCUGAAAUCAUGAGUCCUUUGGCCAAGUCCCACAAAUCCAAUCAUCCAAACCAGGCUUGACUGAACGUUUCGAGUUUAUCAUCAACAAGCAUGAGCUUGCCAAUGCGUACACUGAACUGAAUGAUCCAGUGGUACAGCGCCAGCGAUUUCAAGAUUAGUUAAAGGAUCGACAUUCGGGGGAUGAUGAAGCAAUGGCUUUAGAUGAGGAGUUCUGUACGGCUCUUGAAUAAGGGUUGCCGCCAACUGCCGGUUGGGGUUUGGGUGUUGACCGCCUACCUUGCUAUGUUGUUGACCGAUUCACAGAACAUCAAGGAAGUUAUACUUUUCCCGGCAAUGAAACCACAGGAUGAAAGCCGCCUGCAAGAGAUGGUGAAAAGUUGAGCUCAUAAUGUAUAGAUCUUGAAGCUAUUAUAUUUUUAUGGAAAGAAUUUAUAUUUAUAGGCCACCCAUGUCUUCCUUAUGUGAAUGUUUUUUUUAGGAUAAUGACUUAGAAGGAUAACAU